GCGCCUGGGAGACAGAGGGAUGCCGAGUUAGGAUAGGAAAUAUAAUACUGCAAAUCACAGUGAAGGAGGGAGAGGACCCGAGGAAGGAGAAAAAAGCAAUAUGGAAGGCUGUGGAAUGUAUCGCCUCGUCGCGGUUUUUUUUUUGAUGUGAAUACCUGAACUAAAAAAAAUCUCAAUACACGUUUAUUUAAAGCCAAAUAAUGCGGCUGGAAAUGAGCAGGUCCGCAGCCCUCCUGCUCUGUUUACUGGGCUGCAAUGUCUGGAAAGCGGUUACCAAAACCUUGCAAGAAGAAAUCGCUGCUAAAGAGGUUACACUGAAAGUCCACGUCAGUGAUGCAAGUACUCAUCAGCCCAUAGCUGGAGCCACCAUCAAAAUUUUUAUGAACCAGACCUCCCUCACCUCAGAAACCUCGGGAGCAGAUGGCAACGCCUUUAUUAAAUUUAACUACAGAGUCGGCACCCUAUUGAUUGUCAUGGCAACCAAGCAGGGCUAUGUGCCAAACUCUGCCCCGUGGCGACCAACCAGAUUACCAGUGUUUUCUUCUUUGAGUCUUGAUUUGCUUCCCGAGAGAUCUGCUACAUUAAUGGUGUAUGAAGAUAUUGUCCAGAUUGUCUCUGGAUAUGAAGGAGCAAGGGUCCAGCCUAGGGUUCAGUUUCAAAGAAGAGCACUAAGCUUGCCCCAGAACUCCACCUACAGCAACCUCACAGCCUUUCUCACUGCAGCCUGCUCUCCAUGGGAGGUAGACAGUUUCCCUUAUUUGCAGGGACUUGAUGGGAAUAGGACAGGAAACAGCAGCAGGUUUGAGCUGACCCCUAUCACAGCAGUCAGCAUUCAUCUGCUCGGGAAUGACGGGACUGAAAUCCUAGUCAGCGGGCCGAUCUACGUUACCGUGCCUCUACCCGCCAAUAGCAACCUGAAGGAGAAUGAUCACAUUCCAGCAUGGAGCUUCGACCAGAAACUCGGGGCCUGGUUGAAAAGCAGUUUGGGCUUUGUACAAAAAGAGGGUAACCAGCUCACAUUGACGUACAUUGCUCCACAUGUAGGGUACUGGGUGGCAGCCAUGUCUCCACUAAAUACAGGUCCCGUGGUGGCUAAAGACAUCAGCACCUACCACACAGUCUUUCUGCUGGCUAUUCUAGGUGGGAUGGCUGUCAUUCUGCUGGUCUUGCUCUGCUUGCUGCUUUAUUACUGCAGGAGAAAAUGUUUAAAACCACAACAACACCACAGAAAACUACUAAUGUCUUCUGCCCUGGAAGGUUCGAAGAAGGACCAGGCCACCUCGAUGUCUCAGCUGCAUUUGAUCAGUGAGGUACACAUGGAAAUGGUCUCGUCAAGCGGGGAAGCUGACAUGUGCACGCCCAUGCUUAAGCCUUCGUACAACACAUCACAGGACUUCAGUUCCAGAGAAGAAUUAAUGUCACAACAUGAAGACCGAGAUAAAAGCAGAAGCUCCUUGAACAACCUCACGCAUCGAGGAACUUUAUUGAAGGAGUAUCACAAAUCAAUGGAGACGUUUCAUUUAAAGUCAAUCAGAUCUAAUGAACCCUCAGAAGGCUAUGAAUCACCUGCACGGGAUGAGUGUCGAAGAAGCUAUGUCUCUGUUUCUUCUCAGCCCCUGUUGGAAAAAGGGAACAAACAAGUGCAGGCUUCUGUGAACCAUUUGUCUGCAGAAAGCAAAAGCAGCACACAUGAAACAACGUACCUGCCGCCCUGCACGCCCGACCAAGAGCAAGUAAUGAACCGGAGACCACCUGACUACUUGAUGUCAAGAUCUGUUGACCACCUGGAAAGACCGACCUGUUUCCCCCAUCCCGGUCAGCUGCUCUGCUGCAGCUCUGUGGAUCAGGUGAAUGAAAGCGUGUACAGGAAAGGGCUACCCACACUGGUCAUUCCUGCCCACUACAUGAAGCUGCCAGGAGAGCAUCCUUUUGCUGGUCAGCCUCUGCUCCUCCAGACUGAGCACCAGUGCGAUCUUGAAAGACUUCAAGCAGAACUUUCUGCUUCCCAUCAGCCUUUACUCCAGCAACCUCCUGAUCCAAUGCAGCUGUCAGCUCAGGAUACGUCUCAGCAGAAUCUCCAGGCCCCACAAGGCACAGAGUGGAACCUACAGUCCACCUCCAUGUCGGAGUCAAUGUCAAUCCCGGCAUCCCUCAGUGAGGCCGGUCUUGUCCAGAUGAACGGGGAGGUGCAGCUUUUGGCAGAAAAGACGCUCAUGGAGCUGCGAGGGGGAAAGCCCCUGCCUCACCCGAGAGCCUGGUUCGUCUCCCUGGACGGCCGAUCCAACGCUCACAUCCGGCACUCUUACAUCGACCUCCAACGAGCUGGAAAGAACGGAAGCAACGACGCCAGUUUGGACUCCGGAGUUGAUAUGAACGAACCAAAAUCUGCCAGGAAAAAUAGGAUUGGGGCUAGAGAAAGGAAAAUUCAGAAAGUCAUGGCUUACACACAGCUGGUGUACGUUGAUGACAUGGAGCAAAACGGCAGCAAAAAUGAAAGUGCCAUCUACAACCCUGAGGACAACACACUAGGGCCCCUUCUAGAUGGGACCCCCAGGCCUGAAGAUGACAUGGUCUCACCCGAGCAACAGCAGGACAUUGUAACCAGAACUGUAGAAGCUAAGCCAGAACCAGAGUCAGAACUGCCCACCAGCCCUGAGCAUGAUACUUCUUGCAACGACGACGGCGGGGAAGACGAGAACAAAAAGAGCCCUUGGCAAAAGCGGGAGGAAAGGCCACUGAUGUCUUUUAAUCUAAAAUGAGGAUUUACAACUCCUUCCUGCUGGAGAUACAAAAUAACAAAUUCAAAUAAGUUGCCAAAUAUUGUUUUCAGAAAGUGCUAUUCUAGGAAACAAACUGCUAUCUUGAAAUGAAACAAAGAUGGAUGAGAUUAGAGGUUAUAUGCACAACUGCUAUGCCUUUUAAAAUUACAAAAGCGAAACAACAAUGCAAAGGACAAUUAGCUUUACAUAUAUAUUUUGCGAUUUGAUCAACUCCUAGGUUGAACAAUACAUGACCCUUGUUUUUGACUCCCCCCCCCCGCCCC